CAUGGCGGAGGAGGGGGGCAUAAAAUUCCCCAACCGAGAAAUCGCCACGAGCCUUCGAACCCUAGAUGGCCGCCUCCUCCUCCCCCUCCUCCUCCUACUAGGGUAGCCGGGACCGGAUCGGGCGGCGGCGCCGGCGCCGCCGCCAUGGGGUCGUUCAGGCGAUGGGGGGACCUGCCGCCGGACCUGCUCUGCCGCGUCGGGGACCGGCUCGACCUCAAGUGCUACGCGAGCGCGAGAGGGGCGUGCACGGCGUGGCGGUCGGCGCUCGCGCCGCCGUCGCCGGCGCUCGUGGUGCUCUCCGACGCGAGGAUGUGCCCCUCGGCGGCGUCCCUCCCCACGCGCAGGUCGUUCGACCUCGCGGCGAUGCUCACGGGGGCGCGCUGCGUCGGCUCCAGCAACGGGUGGCUCGCCCUGUCCAUCGUGCUCUACGGCGGGCACAGCCUCUUCGUCCUCUUCAACCCGAUCACCACCGCGGAGAUCGUCCUGCCGCCCCUGAUCUACGAGAGCAGGUGGGUCUCCAAGGUCGUCUUCGCGCCCAGCCCCGCCAAGGACGAUUUCGCCGCCGCCGCCAUCUGCGACAUCGACAGGAUCGCCUACGUCACCGCGGGCGCCAGGAGGUGGGCCGUCCUCCCCCCCGUGCGCCUCGUCACCGGGGACCAGCUCACCGACGUCGUCUACCACGACAAAGGUAAGGUCUACUGCCUCACGAGGUGCGGAGACGUGCACCUGCUCCGACUCCCCGAGCGCCGUCGCCGGAAACCCGCCGAUGAGCCAGGGCCCUCAGAACCACCAGAGGAACCAGUACCGCUUUCUGAAUGUGCACUUGGUAUUCGACCUAGGCGCAACCAACCCCACCAGCGCAACCUUCGCAUGAUCUGCUAUGAACAUCUCAGACCGAGGGAUCCAAUGGCGCCAAUGAAGCUCACUGUCUGCUCAGAGACACUUGUCCCUUUCAAUUUUAGGCGGUUCUCAAUUGGACCUCUUGAACCGGAUCUAAAUCCGCCCGCCACGGUCGAGCGAUUGUUGAUGGAAGGCAACCUCCCGUUCGACCCCGCCACCAGCUUCGCUCCGCCCUACAACACUGUGUCUGCUUUCACCAAUGCCAAGAACAUAGUGCUGUGUGAGGGUAACCUGUACCAAAUCUGGAGGAAUGCAAGCUGUACUGUUACCUUGCAGCUGCCUGGAGGUGGUCACCGUCGUGUAUCCGAGAAUGAGAUCUUGGUUCUAAGGUACUACCCCCGUCGACAGCCGUGCUGGGACGCCGUGACAGACCUGGGGGGUUACUCGGUGUUUGUCGGGCGGAACAAUGCUGUGUCAAUGUAUGCUGAGGGUGUGCCUGGUCUGAAGGGCAACUGUGUGUACUGGAUUGGUGGGCGUGGUAGGGAUCAAGGAAUGGUGUUCGACAUGGAAACUGGGAGGUCUACGCCUUGCCUUCCUACGGUUGGCGGCAUACCAGGGCCUCUGCGAAGCACGCUCUGUUGGUUCUUCUUGAGCGACAUGGUGAGCAGCAACAGCAGCAACAAUAGUGGAGGAAGAAGAGUUUAUCAGACCCGGUCAAGGUCCCGGGCGGAACGUGCACAGGAUAUGGAAGAGUAAUGUGUCGCCAAACAGUUUGGCGACAUAGCAAGCUUGACUGAUCACAAUGAUGGAAGUUGAGCUACUUGAGCAGAACUGUGAUCUGAAGGUGCAUAACAAAUGGCAGAGCUGGUGCCUGCUUUGAUGUAGCCUAUUGAUUAUUGCGAUUUGUUUGUUUUCGAAAUCAAUUUUCUCCGCAUAGUUGUGCUUAUGUAUGUCACUCAUAUCAUCCUUAUAUGUUUGUGUCAAGUAAUGGAAUAACCGUUGUCAUCAUCAUCAUCUUGUCGAGCUUGUAUUCAUCAUAUUAUGAUGGAAUAAGAAAAUGGAUUCGGAAGUGUAGAUGUUCUGAA